AUGCAGCUGUGGACCGCUCUUGGGCGCAAAGUGCAAACGAGCCGGGGCGUGGGUUGUGCGAGAGUUUGCGCGAGGUCGCAACAGAGACUGCUCCGGGCGCAGGCGAGUGUCUGCUAUGUGACGUUGGCGAAGGUCGCGAUCUCGAAGGAGAUCAGUGAUGACGUGGGUCAUCCAGCUGUGCAGCUAGGUUGCUGGGCUUGUGGGCAUACGAUGGUGUCGGCUUGUUGUUGCACGUCGGGUGAUGCCUGGGGCCACUUUGCCACCGGCGCUGUGAAAGCUGUGUGCUUCUUUGCCGUUGGUGGUCACUUGACGGUUGGUGACUUUUGCUUGUGCUUGCGCAAUGGAUUGCGAGAACAGUUCGAGGAUCUGAUCAAGAACGUGGGCUUGGCAGAACGUGUUCAGAAGGAAUUCAAGGCUCGUGGUUUUGCCACAGCAUCGGAACUGAGGGCUAUCCAGGGCAACCAUGGUGACACUAGUGACGUUAGUUGGGACGAUGCCAACUACGAUCAGGUCAUAUGGCUGAGGCAGGGACGCGCCAUGGGCUACAAAGAGUGCCUCGGCAACCCGGCAGAGAACACACGCUUCGGAUUCACCUGCGAAGCACCGCCGUCUUGGGACUCGUUGCCAGCGUUCGUGACGGGCCUGGAUGACGGUGGCGCCCUCUGCUGCGUUCUGAAGUAUGACGGUGCCCGCAACUUCUUCAACAGUGCUGACAGCAGGUGUGAGGCGGUAGCGCACUGCGGGCCAAGCGAGGACUACGAUGCCCAGGCCAACAGGUGCAUCGCCGCCGGCGAGCUCACGGCAGUGACGGAGAGUCAAACCACGACAGGAGUCCUGUCAAGUGGCACCUCGACCACUUUGCCCUGUGAGCAGCAAGCCGCUUGCUGCUUGCAUGGGGCCCCGGAUGCUUUGAACCCGAACCGCUGCGUGUGCGAGGAAGGAUGGCUGACCCUGGCCUCCGCUGAGGGGAUGCAGUGCAGCACACCCGUGUCGACCUCGGCGGCUUCCACAUCCCCGGGCGAGGUGGCAGAGGACCCGCCGCCGGCCGAUUUCAUGAGCAUGGCCUGGGGUGCGUGGGGUUUCAUGAUGAGCAACGGAGGGUUGGUCCUUCUCGUCGCAGUGAUCGUUCUUUGCUGCUGUUUCUGCUGCCUGUUGCGCAGUUGCUGUCGGAGGGGUAGCUGCUGCUGGUGCUGCUGUUGGGGUGGCCGCCAGAAGCCUAUGUAUGCGCCAUAUUGCUGGCCUCCUCAGGCGGUGGGCGCUGUACCGCUUCCGAUGGAGGGGUUGGGCUAUGCAGCCCCGCCGCAUGUGCUGUGGCAGCACCGCAAGAGCAUGCAGGGCCCCGGCCCGAGCGCGAUGACCAGCCCUGUGCCAAGGCCCAUGCCUCCGCCGAUCUCUUCUCCUUUGGUGCAUGAUCGUGCCUGCAUAAGAGCAUCUGCCCGCACUCGGCAAAUCUGA